AUGCUGCUGCUCACACAGGCAAAGUCAAUUGGCCGCCUGGCCCGGCCGCUCUCGCGGUCCCUGUACUCAGGGCUCAUACCCCUCCGCCCAUGGGCUCGUCCCUUUACCAUCACCAGCCGUGCUGCCGCCAAACUCGACCUUCCGGCACUCGACCUGAAAUGGAGAAAGCGUUGGGCCCAACUGCAGCAGGUACAGAAGGAUAAGACUAAGGACAAGGUCGACAAGUACAUUCUGCCUAUGUUCCCUUACCCUUCGGGAUACCUACACCUGGGCCACUUGAGAGUGUAUACCAUUGCCGAUGCCAUCGCGAGGUACAAUGCCCUGCGUGGACACAACGUGUUGCUGCCCAUGGGAUGGGACGCUUUUGGUCUGCCAGCUGAGAAUGCGGCCAUUGAGCGGAGUAUUAAUCCCGCGACGUGGACUAAGGAUAAUAUUGCGCGGAUGAAGGAGCAGCUGCAGAUGAUGAAUGGGUCGUGGGACUGGGAACGUGAGAUUGCAACCUGCGACCCCUCCUUCUACAAGCACACCCAGAAAAUCUUCCUCCUGCUGCACCAGCACGGCCUCGCCUACCGCACCGAAGCCGAGGUCAACUACGAUCCUGUCGAUAAGACCGUCCUCGCCAACGAGCAGGUCGACGCAAACGGCUGCUCGUGGCGGUCUGGCGCCAAGGUCGAGAAGCGCAAGCUCAACCAGUGGUUUCUGCGCAUCUCUGCCUUCCGCGAGGCCCUGCUCGACGACCUCGAGCUUCUCGCCAAAGACGAGGCUUGGCCCGAGCGCGUCCUCGCCAUGCAGCGUAACUGGCUGGGGAAGUCAAAGGGCGCGACUAUCAAGUUCCCCAUCCUUGCUUACGACCAAGACGUCCAUGCCGCGAUUGAGGUCUACACCUCCCGGCCUGAUACUCUGUUCGGAGUGCAGUACCUCGCGUUGGCAGCUACCCAUCCCAUCGUGACCAAACUUGCCGAAACGGACCCGGAACUGCAGGCUUUCCUCGACACCCUGCCCGGUUUGCCUCCAGACUCGAAGGUCGGCUACAUGCUGCCGCAUAUCAGGGCAAUCAACCCGUUAGCCUACCACCCCGAUACCCCGGACGCGACCAAACAAUCCCUCCCCAUCUAUGUGGCGCCCUACGUGAUCGGCGACUACGGCGAAGGCGCCGUCAUGGGCGUACCGGCCCACGACGCGCGCGACCAUGCCUUCUGGCGCACGCAUCGCGGCGAUGAACCAGUGCGGUAUGUCCUUGCCUCGAACGAGGACGAGUCGACAACAGUGAUCCCCAACGAGCCGUUCCUCGACCACGGCAUCAUGACUGCGCACAGCGGGCCGUACAAAGGCAAACCGUCGCAAGAGGCGGGCGAGAUGUUGGUGAAGAUGCUCGCUGAGGCCGGGUUGGCCAAGCCCGUGGAGAAAUGGCGGUUGAGGGACUGGUUGAUCAGUCGGCAGCGGUACUGGGGGACGCCGAUACCCAUUGUGCAUUGUGCGUCCUGCGGGGAGGUUCCUGUGCCGGAUGAGCAGCUGCCCGUGUUGCUGCCGGAGGUGGAUGCCCACUGGGCGGGGAAGAAGACGGGCAACCCUCUCGAAACGCUCGACGAGUGGGUGAAUACCGAGUGCCCCAAAUGUCACGGCCCAGCGAAGCGUGACACCGACACGAUGGACACGUUCGUCGACUCCAGCUGGUAUUACAUGCGCUUCAUCGACCCACACAACGAGGCUGGCCCCUUCGACCCCCAAAAGGCGCGCGACAUGCUCCCCGUGGAUAUCUACAUCGGCGGGAUUGAGCACGCAAUCUUGCACUUACUCUAUGCCCGGUUCAUCUACAAGUUUCUGAUGACCUCCCCGCUGUUCCCAACCUCCUCUGCCUCGGAACGCCACGAGCCUUUCAAACGCCUUAUCACCCAGGGCAUGGUCCACGGCAGGACGUUUACCGACCCCGCGACGGGGAGGUUUCUCAAGCCGGAUGAGCUGGAUCUGUCGGACCCGGCUAAUCCAAGAAUUAAGGCCACGGGCACAAAGCCUAAUGUUACCUACGAAAAGAUGUCCAAGAGCAAACACAACGGUGUCGACCCAACUGCCGUCAUCGCCACUCACGGCGCGGACGCUACCCGCGCACAUAUGCUCUUCCAAGCCCCCGUCGGGGAUGUUCUCGACUGGGAUGGGGACAAGAUCGUGGGCGUGACGCGCUGGCUCAGUCGGGUUCACGAUCUGGUCGAGAAGGUUACCUCUACGGCCCCCUCGCCCGACUACGACUUCCCUACCCCGAAGGCUUACUUCGAAUCCCUUGCCCCGCGCCUCAGCUCGCUCGGUGAGGCGGAAUUAAAACAAUACGACGCCAACUCCGCCCUCUGGCGCACCACACAAACCACAAUCGCUUCCGUCUCCCAAUCCUACGAGAAAGUCUACCCCCUCAACACCGUCAUCUCCGACCUAAUGCAACUGACCAACACGCUCUCUGACACAUUGUCUUGCGCAACACCCCAAAUCGCUCGUGAGGCGGUAUCCAUCCUGAUCCGGCUCAUGGCCCCUGUUACCCCCGCGGUAGCAGAAGAAUGCUGGUCUGUCCUGGAACCCACCUCUAGCGGUCUGUUCGCGUCCGAGGAGGGGGCAAGAUGGCCCGAACGGGACGGCAGUGAAGCGGUGCUGAGAGAGAGGAAAAUGAAGUGCGCGGUGCAGGUGAAUGGGAAGGUGAGGGCCGUGUGUGAGAUUGGAAUUGCGCCGGAGGGGUUGGAGGGGGAUAAGCUCAGGGAGUUUGUUGUGGGGGAGAUUAUGAAGCAAGAUGAACAUAGGCAGAGUCUUACACGGCUUACCGAAACCGCAUCAGAUUCCUUUUAA